AGCCUUUCGUUUUGUGUUAUAACAUCAUCUUUUCCAUAUGCUAUCAAAUGAGCGUUAAACUAAACUAUUAUUGUUAAGAGGCUUUAAAUAGCAUUUAUUGAUGUUGUCUUAUGUGAGGUUCGCACAUAAAAAUGGGGAAUUCAGAAUCACCCAGAUCUACUAAAAUAGUUGAAUUGACUCCAAGAUGUUGUGGUGAAAUAAGUUACAAAAUCGGAAAUGAUUGGUUAAGAUGGGGAAGACAUCUAGGUUUAAGCGACUCAGAUCUCAAUAACAUCGACUCUGAUUAUAUAAAAUGUUAUGAAAAAGCUUAUAAUGUUUUAAAACAAUGGAAACAAAUAAAUGGAAAUCUAUCAUGGGAGAAAUUGAAAACACAGUUAAUAACUUUUAAGCGUUUUGACAUAGUAGUUGAUAUUGAAAAAGAAUUUGAAGAUAACUUAUCAGUUCAAAAUAAAAUAAGGCAGUAUUGCAGUUUGAGAACAUCUGCAUGA